GUGCGCCUUAACGCGCGCUUUUUCUGCGCACAGCACCUUUUAUGUGUGUCCAAGCUAGAUGCUAAAGUAGCCUUUGCGUUUGGCCUCUUUCUGUUGCUUCACAAAGACGGUGUGCUUUGCUGCUGUUAAGGGCUCAAAAACGCUGUUUCUUCCACCCGGACGGGAAGUAUCGACGACUUGAGACAGCGUGUUGCUAAGCUCCGAACAGUGCCAUGGGCAAAAAGUCUCGCGACGAAGAAUCCUCAUCCUCUGACGAGGAAGAAUAUGUUGUGGAGAAAGUGCUGGACAGGAGGGUGGUGAAAGGCAGGGUGGAGUUCUACCUGAAAUGGAAAGGGUACUCGGACAAGCACAACACAUGGGAGCCAGAGAAAAAUCUGGACUGUCCUGAGCUAAUAUCAGAGUUCAUGAAGACCUACAAGAAAGGAAGUACUGGUAGUGCUACACCAAGCAGCGGCGCCAGCAAAUCCACCACUGGCCCCUCAGGGCGCUCCAAAGAAUCCGGCAGCUCCAAGAAGAGGAGCUCUGAUGAUGAUGAGGAGGGUAGUAGCAAGCCCAAGAAAAAGAAAGAGGAUGAAAUCCUUGUUGCACGUGGCUUUGAGAGGGGGCUUGAGCCAGAGAAGAUUAUAGGAGCGACUGACUCAUGUGGAGACUUAAUGUUUCUCAUGAAAUGGAAAGAUUCUGAUGAGGCCGAUCUCGUGCUCGCCAAGGAGGCCAAUCAUAAGUGCCCGCAGAUCGUCAUAGCCUUCUACGAGGAGCGUCUGACCUGGCAUGAAGACAGCGAUAAGAAGGAAAAGGAUGCCGUCAGCGCGUGAGUGCGUCGCCUCAAGAGGAAAAGCUCCACUGCAGGGACAACCUUGAGUCAGACAUUUUUUUUUCCCACACCUGAAACCUCCCCCAUCUUUCACCUGUACCAUGUCCAGUGAUGACACAAAGACGGCAGACACGGUUGUUUCCUCCAUCCAUGUCCCCRUCGGAGCACAAUGGCCCCAGACUGCUGAGGGGGUGGGGGGACCCCACCUAAAGAGAAGCUAUAGUGGCUGUGGGUGAUUUGCUACUGGGGAAAGAUUCUACUGUUCUUGUCUUUGUCUUGAUGAACUUUUUUUAUCUUAGCAUAUGUUUUU